AUGGUUUUGGAAGACCAUCCAGCGGUUCCUUCUUUGGAAGCGGCUACGGCGGCUAUGACCGCCGUCGUUAUUGAGAGAAUGACGGCGCGGAGUGCCGAUAUCAUUGAGGGCAAGCGUAUGCGAGGUCAUGACCCAAUGCUGGUUAGUCGAGCAGUGGCGCCACUGUGUGUGUGGCUAAGUUUCAUCUGA